UUCCUCACUUCCUGUCAGCCAUGUUGGUCUUUCUGAGUUAGAAGAUGCUCAGAACAGUCUAAACAAAUGGUGGAUCAAAUAUAGAUGAAACUCACACUUACAUGGUAUAUUGACUAGAUUAUAAACGCAUGCAAACUGAAUACAUCGAGGAACAUCUGUAAUAGCUGCGCUCUGCGCCUAUGACGUGACGCCGAAGUAGCCCUUCUCCACCGGAUUGGUGAAACCAGACGCACGGGCAGGCUAUCGCUAUCGGUCCAGAGCUUUCUCUCUCCACGGCCAGCCCGGUCGUCAAAGGGCAAACAUGUACCAACUACCCGUGGAGAAACUGGACAAAAUACGGAAGUCGCGUAAAAGAGUGAAAAGUAUACUUAGUGACAUUGGGCUUGACAGUUGUAAAGAUUUAUUGGAGGAGCUGAAGUGCUUUGAUGCCGGUGAUGACUGUUUUGAGAACACAGAGUGGGAUGACUUCACAGAUGGUUAUAAUGGCAAACGGAGAAAAAAGUGGGGCUACCGUACAGAGACACUGUGCUGCGCACUUUGCUGGUUCUCCACGCGGUCCUGGUACACGUUCAGAGGCCAUGUUCAGCGUUGCCAUGAGGAGGAAGUGGACCUUACCACCCUCACCACCUGUCCUAGCUGCCCUUUCGUCAGCCACCCUGACCUUAUCAGCCACCAUGUCAAGUUGUUCCAUGGCAACGUCGCUAAGACCUCGCAGACGUCUGCCCCAGCCUCUGCCUCCCAGACUCUUGUGGUCUUCUCUACCGCCAACGUGGGCGACAAAUACUCGUGCCGCAACUGUGGAUUCCACGACUCGCUCAUCUACGUGAUGAGGAAGCACGUACUCGUGAAUCACUACAGACAAUUACUGACACGCUACUUCGGGCAGCGCAGCGCAGCCGAGCAAACGGCUGGGCUAGGCGGCACCAAGUUGUCCCAGUUCCACUGCCGCGAGUGCAGCAUGCCGGCAGAGACUUCCGAGCACCUGCUCUACCACAUCCUGAGCUCAGACAAACACCGUGAGGUGCACGCUCAGAUCCGGCCACUUAUCAUGGAGCAUGUCAACAGCAGGACCGGCAAAAACGGUAGCCAGCAGAGCCUGCCCAACCUCGCUCCCCGUAGUGUGCAGAGAGUAGUGUCCUUGGUGUCCAGGGCCAGCCAGCCAGUCACAGCUAAGGGGCCGUCCUCGGGCACGGUGCUGCUGGCUCCCCCCUCCACACCCACAGCUCUGGUGUGCUCUCCAGGGGCCCGCCAGGUUCUGCUACCCCCCCAGACGUCCGCUAAGGGCCUCAUACUGACAAGCUCAGCAGUGGCAGCGCUGCAGAACAACCAGACUAAUACCACAAUGUCCCCCAUGAAAAACACCUCAAUCAGCAUGCUGCUCAACAACCCUAAGCAACAGCCUAUCACUGUGGGGGUAUCUCAGCAGCAGCAGCCAAUCACUGUGGGAAUGGCCCAGCAGCAGCGACCUAUUACUGUGAAGGUGGCUCAGCAACAGCCAAUCACUGUUGGGGUUUCGCAGCAGCAGACUCGUCAGGUCCUCCUUCCUCCAGGGGUUCAGAUCAGUGUCCAGAACAAGUUGGGGGUUGGAAUGGGAGUAGGUGUGGGAGGCAAUCAGUCCUUGAUGCUGACCCAAAGGAUGCCUAUUCCUCAGCCAGCGCCCCGUAGUCAGAUGCUCUCCACUCAAUCUGUCAGGCUUGUCCCCACGGGCAACAAGGUUAAUGGCAUUCCGACCUACACCCUAGAGACUGUGCAGAUGGCAGUGCCUGUCCAGACUGCAGGUGUGGGUCAGGUGGUCAAUAAAGCACCUAUCCUGGUGACGACUCAACCGCAGCCCAGCCAAUCCCUAUCAGUCCCUGUGCUGGGUAAUGGUUUGGUUCGCAAUCAGAGUCCUGGCUCAACCCUGCCCGCUGCUGUGAGCAGCUCUUCAGAUAGACCCAAAGAGCUGGUGGUCCGCACCCAGUUCCUGAGGAGGAUGCGGAACACGGUGAAGUGCACCAGAUGUCAGAUUUUACUCUCUGAUAAGGGAAUCUUCCAGCAUCUUCUCCAUGGUCUGCGCUGCCUGUUCUGCCCGCUCAUCUUCUACUCCAUCCGCCAGAUAAUGGAGCACUGCACCCAGGAGCACAGCCUGGCUCACAGCGCCAACAGAGACCGGCUCAAAAAAGAGUUUAAACUGACAACAGAUGAGCAGGGUCACUUGGUCAUCCCUUCGUUCGACAUGAGCACCAGCGUGCCUCAGGACCUGCUGGGCUUCAAACACUUAAACCUGGUCCUGGUCACCGCCUCGAGAGAGAAGAUCUAUCUCCAGAUGUCUGAGGAGGCUGGCAAGUUGCCUUGCCCCACUCUGCCUAAAGACGGCUGUCCUUUCUGUCCGGAGAAGCCUCAGAGCAGCACAGAGUACGAGCAGCAUCUCAGAAUUAAGCACCACAUCGUUCCCACAAUUCACGCCAUCCUAAAGUCCCCGGCCUUCAAGUGUGUGUACUGCCUGGGAGUCUAUGCAGACAAGUCUACCGCUAAGACGAUCUCCAUUCAUGUGCAGCGCUGUCGCUGUGCCCCAAAGGCUGCUAAAGAUGCAGAGAGGCUGAUCAACCCUGACCCCAACAGUCAGACAGUCAAUGGAUUGGUUCCCCUCACUGCUGCCUUGGACCAGAGGAAGGACCUGGGCCAGGGGAAGGUUAAGACUCGGGGUCAAGUCCAAGGUAAGGAGUCCCAAACUGUUACUUUUGACCCAUCUGUGCCCAUGGUGCUGGACCCCACGGGAAUGGAGAUGCGCUCGUUCGAGGACAGAAAGUUGUUCCUUGGACGCUACUUCAACAAGAAGCCCUACCUAUCGAGGCAGGAACAGGAGGCGCUGGCAGGUCGUCUCUGGUUCAACCGGACUGACGUGGCAUCUUUAUUCGGGGGAAAGCGGAGCAAGUGUAUGAAAGCCAUCCAGAGGCACAAGGCGGCUAUAUUCUUGGGCUUCAACAUGACAGAGGUCUCAAAGGUGAAACACAACCUUAUUUUCCCUGCUGUAGAGCCGGUUAGACAACCCCAGUCUGGAGAACUGCCUGCAGACAAAAUGCCAACUGAGGGAUUGUAAAGACAUGGUACACAACUCUACAUGCUGGGAACAGAAAAUACACAUUUCUAACUGAUGGUGAGGGAAGACAGAGGAUACCUAAAUGUACUUGAGUGAUGAGAGAUGUAUUUAUACACCAUGGGGUAACUGAAAAGACCGGAUAUAUACAAUAUAUUAACCAUUUUGUGUGGAUCUAUUCUAGAGGAUUAUAUGUGUGAUCUAGAGGAUAUAUUUUGGAUGUAUUAAACUUUGAUGGUGCUGGUUAUUAUUUUCUUAUCUUGAGUGACAAUUGUAAAGUAAGCUGUCAUUUAGACAGCUUUGAAGGCACUGAGAAGAGACCUGAAAUGAUGUAAAGUCACUUGAGAAUGAGUGUUUAGAAAGUAACCAUUUAAUUGUCAUUAUAUCCUUGAGUUUACUGACACAAGUGCACAUUUAGAUGAUUACUAUGUUGACUCAUUUUGUAUCCAAGACAGUUUGGUAGAAUUUUUAUGUGUAAGGUUUAUACAUGCUUGUCAACAGCGUGUAUAUUUUAACCCAUUAUAUUUAUUUACCUGCUGUUAAUGGUACAGCCUCUCCCUGCCUGUUUACAGCACAGCUUCAGAGAUGUAUACGCUUUAGUAUAUAAGAUGUUAUACCUAGUAUUGCGUGUGCGCGCGCGCGCGCUCUCUCUCUCACACACACACACACACACACACACACACUGUUAAGACAUGGUCCAUGAUGAAACGCACAUAGGACAAGUGCCUCAGUUCUUCUGUUGAAGUUAAUUCCUCAUACAACAGUUUUCCAUUGUGCGCUACGUCCAGCAAGAUGUCUUUUUUUUCUUCAUUUAAGUGGCAUUGUUUUAUAUCGUCCAAAUACAUCCCCAUAUUUGUAAAAUGCUGAUUGUUUUUUAUGAUUGGAAUGAAUAAACCACAUCCGCUUGUUUGUAG